AUGGUGCUGACCGGGCGCGAGGUGCUGAAAGACCACGGCCUCGCGAGUGCGGCGGUGGAGUUCGAGGUUGGAGAUGCCACGGACUGCCCGCUCAUCUCGAGGUUCCACCAGCCCAGUUCGCCCAGCAUCCUCUGGCUGAAUGACGAGGAGUGGCCGAAGGAGCUGCGCGAGGGCGUGAAGGCCAGGGCCGGGCAAGAGCUUCCCAUCGGCUCGGUGGUCGUUAGCUACGGGCCCCAGGGCCCUCCGGUCCCUGGGCUGAAGCCAGCGGGCUCACUGCGCGCGGCGACCUCGUGGUGCCGCGCAGAAGAGUUUCAUCUCUGGCAACGCAUCUGA